UUCCCUCUCUCUCUCUCUCUCUCUCUCUCUCUUAUCUCUUUUUACAAGGUCCAACUCUGUCCUCUUCCCACAAUCUAAAUCUUUACAGCUGGGAAUCAUGCACAGCAAGGGAAAUUCAUGUUGCUGUUCAUUUGAUGAGUGUAAGCUAGCCACAGAGUGGCUUCUGAGCAAGACUAGACACCGCCCAAAGAUAGCUGUAAUAUGUGGCUCUGGACUCAGCUUCCUUGCAGAGAGUGUCUCUAACAAGCAGGCCUUUCGCUAUGAGGACAUCCCCAAUUUCCCUGUGAGCACAGUUCCUGGCCAUGAUGGGCAGCUUGUGUUUGGUCGUAUAAAAGACAAGACCUGUGUCUUCAUGCAGGGCAGGUUCCAUCUAUAUGAGGGUUAUUCAUUGUGCCAGGUCACAUUACCUGUGCGGAUUUUCAAGCUGAUGGGAGUAGAGAUGAUUAUAGUAACGAAUGCAUCAGGAGGCAUCUGUCAGGACUUCAAAGUGGGUGAUAUUAUGAUCAUCAAGGACCACAUUAACUUGCCAGGGUUUGCUGGACAACAUCCACUAUGUGGGCCCAAUGAUGAACGAUUUGGGAUCAGGUUCCCAUGCAUGUCUGAUGCAUACAGCAAAGAGCUAAGAAAGUUGGCUCUGGACAUCAGCGCUGAGCUGGGCUAUUCUGACUUUGUGCGGGAGGGAGUUUACUGCAUGGUCAGUGGACCCAACUUUGAGACUGUCGCUGAAGCACGGAUGCUGCAUAUCCUCGGAAGCGACUCCGUAGGUAUGAGCACAAUCCCUGAGGUAACGGUGGCCAAGCACUGUGGCCUGCGAGUCUUAGGCCUGUCUCUCAUUACCAACAAGGUGUCACUGGACUACAGCAGUGAGGAGAUGGUCAAUCACGAGGAGGUGCUGCAGAUCAGCAAGAUGAGGGCCGAGAUGCUCCAGAAUGUGCUCAACACCUUUAUUGCUCACUCUCACCAAGUGGAGACCAUCAGCAGCUGCUAGACAUCCUUUAUAUGAACUCAGGCAGACUGAAUUAUGCAGACACCAUGUAAUGUUUUUUUCUAUCACAGUUUUGUUACGAUUUCUUACCCAAGCAGUAUAUUUUUCACUCAUCCUGUAUAAAGCUGUUCAGAGUCAGUAUUGUCAUUGUAAAUGAAAAUAAAUAAAAAUUCUCAAAAGA